AUGCCUCCCACCUGUUUGUUACAGUGCAACAGUAGCUGCCUGUCUCCCUUACUUUCUGGAUCAGUUAAAGGACCAUCCACAGAGAAUGUCAAGAGGCACUCCACAUCUACAACAAGUCUUGUGAAAAAUCGAGCCACUGCCUUUGUUGUCGAGUCAACUUCAAACCUGGAAGUACCAAAGGCGCCCCGGUCAAAACCAGAAAUGCUGAAGCCAGAAAACAUUGAAAAUGCGGAAUCAAACAUACAGAGUUCUAUAUCUGCAGGUUUGUGCCAACUGAUUAUCAGCAGAAUUCGAAAUGGUGGCGAUGGGCCCGAAGUUGAGAUAUUCUCGAAUGUUUCAGAAGAAAGUUAUGAUUAUGUUCUGAAUGUUAUUGGAUGCGAUGAUAAUCUAGUUCGCAAACUUAAGCAACUCGUCGCCACCCUGCCUUCCCCAAUCCAUGAGGCGAUCCUGGUCCCUUUAUGCACCACGAUGGGGAUCACUGUCAACUCUUUCAUCAUUCCGGAUGAUUUCGAAGUCUCCUUACCUAUCCACAUGGCGCAUAUGGUGGAUGCGCCCACUACUGCAGAUCUCCCUCCUAGCGAUGAGAGUUAUCACCUUGGGAUACCCGACAUGGUUUUGAUGUUCCAGACGGGUAACGACAUCCUUCCCUUCUGGCCAUUCGAGGUGUCCGUUUCUCAGACUUCUGAAGCUGCCAAACAUUCGUUGCCCACGUUUGAAUGGGGUGUUGAGAGGGAUCUCGCUAAGAGGGGCGUUCAGAUGAAGGAGUUGACAUAUUCGGAAAAUGGUGGAUUCACAUUGCUCUCUCAUACAUGGUGUCACCCUGUAACAGUUACCAUUUCUACAUGGAUCCACCCCCCUGGAAAACCAUUGAACCUGAAAUCUCGUAGCUCUCAUUAUUAUGCGACUGCCGUACUCUGCCCCAAUCAAGAUGAGGGGGCCCUCAAGAAAAGUGAGCAUGCACAGGACGAGGAGCUCCUCAACUCACUCAAGGCUGUGAAGAAGUGGACCCCACCGAAAGAGUUCCUUAAUUGGGACACGUGCAGGAAAGAACUACGGCCAGCGGCAAAGCAAACCGGAUUUGAUCGGUACCACUCAUGGCACCGCAACUUCCUCAAGCGUGCUGCUGAUGAGAGUGAGGUUGUACCUAGUUCGUCUAGAAUGACCAAGAGAGGGAGGGUCGUGUAA